AUGUCAGUCAUACUUUCGUCAGAUUCUGCAUUGAUUGAACUAUCGCAAGGCCAUGAGAGCGCCGUAUUAGCCUGCAAGCUUUUGAAUUCAGGGUCUACAGUGGUUUCGUCAGGGCUGGACCCCCACAUAUGUAUAUGGGAUUUGAAUAACUCAAAAAGCUACCUCAUUGACAACAUAUACCGUCAAGGCUCUGCUAUCACGACUCUAGAUAUCAUUGAUGGCCCCAAGAUCAUUACAGGAUCGUCAAACUCACAGGUUGCCCUGGUAGAUAUCGAAACGGGCCAAAAACUGCGAAAUUAUACAGGCCAUCAAAGAGCUGUCAACCAGCUGCGAACCAUUUCCCAGGACAGGUUUAUCUCAGUGGCUGAUGACGGCGCAGUUAAAGCCUGGGAUUCGCAUCAAAAGAAACCGGUUUGGGAAGUCUCCACGGAAUUUCCGUUGUUCACAGUUGCUGUGUCGCCUCAACAAGAGCAUACGGUCUAUGUAUCUGGCUUGGACCCUGUAAUAACAGCAUAUGAUAUUAGACAAUCUAACGGUCAAGUGCUAUUCAGCUGGGACACAAAUCAUGUAGAGCCUAUCACGUCGAUAGACAUCACUUCCAACUACAAGAUGUGCAGUAUGGCAUUCGACAACGAAAUACACAUAGCAGACGCUAAAUUAAGAUCAACACGGGACUCUAGAGACCUGGGCAUUAUCGAUACCUGCAACGACGAAAACGUCAGCAAAUUCCUCAUAAGGAACAAAUUUAUCAACGAGGGUCAAUUUGUGGUGUCACAGGGUUUAAUGUUUGACGCAACAACUAAGGAGCGCGUAAUCGAUUUCAAAUCUAAUGCUAUAUCAGAUGCCAAUUUCAUUGACAUGGACUACGACCUAAAGUCCAAAAAGGUUCUAAUGGGCUCCGAAACUGGAAAUUUGUACGUAUAUCAGAUGUAA